AGGCCUGGCUCAAUCAACAUUGUCUAGCUGUCCCAGGUAGAGAGAAAACGUCAAAACCCAAAAAAGAAACAAAUCAUGUCUCUCGACUCAACGCUCGAUUCCGGCGAGGAAAUUCGCUUCCUGAACAAGAUCAGCGGCACGAUCCGGCAGCUGGUGCGCCAAACCCACUUUACAACGCGCGAGCUCGAGGUGGUCCUGCUCAUCUACUACAAGUUGCUCAAAGAGGACGACGACAACGGCGGUGCGCGGUUCUCCGCCCGGAAGGGCAUCACCCGGCACCAGUUCACCACGGUGUUCGACACCGUGUUCGGCAUGACGGACAACGCGAUGCUGCGCCGGGUCAUGACGGCGCUGGACAAGGGCGCUUCCUCGUACGUCACGAUGGAAACGUGGGCCAAGACGAUGUCGCUGUUUUUGCGCGGAAGCUUCGAGGAAAAGAUGCGGUACUGCUUCGACGUGUACGACAUUCAGGCGGAGGGGAUGAUCCGGCGGGACCACAUGAUGCUGCUGCUGCGGAGUGCCUUCAUCAAGCACGUGGACGAAGAGGUGGAGGAAGCGGUCAAGGACAUGGUGGACAUUAUGCUGCACAAAAUGGACCUGGACCGGGACGGGGCGAUUUCGUUCGAGGACUAUCGGGAAUCGGUGCGGCGAUCGCCGGAAUUGUUGGAGUGCUUUGGGCAGGCCCUGCCCGAUCGGGGUCACAUCUAUGCCUUCUCGAGGACGUUCCUGGAGAGGGUGCGAAAAUUCUAGUGUGGAGGGUUCAAUAAAGAGCGUUGCGAACUAA